UUUAUUUGAUUGAGGGAUUAGAAGUUCUUCUUUUCUUCUAAUUUUGGAGUAGAAGUUCUUCUUCCUUAUUUCUGUCGCCAAUACUAAGAUUAGAAGUUGGGUUCUUUUGCUUCUUCAGAUUACAGUUUGAUUCUUUGACUUUUUAUUUCUAUUAACAUAGUUCAAUAGGCUCAUUCAACUGACCAUAAACAAGAAUGAAAUAAUUCUCUGCAUCUGUGGACAUGUUUAGAUUCUGUCUAUGGUUAGAAUUAUUAAGAAUGGCUUAUAAGAUAAGAUUAAAGGAAUUUGAUAAUAUUCUGGAACAAGAUAUUAUUGAUCUCAAAGCCCUUAAAGAGUUAUCUUUUCAUGGCAUUCCCGAUGACCAAGGUAAAAGGGCUUUAUGCUGGAGACUUUUGUUAAAUUACUUACCCCUUGAAAAAUUACACUGGACUACUCAUUUAAAUCAAAAGAGAUUUUUGUAUAAACAGUAUAUAGAUGAACUAAUUGUAAUGCCAGGGGAAAAUGAACCCAAUGGUGAUGUUACUUUAGGAGAUCAUCCGUUGAAUGCUAAUCCUGAUAGCGAGUGGUCAACAUUUUUUAAAGAUAAUGAGGUGCUGUUACAAAUAGAUAAGGAUGUGAGGCGUUUAUGUCCAGAUAUAUCAUUUUUUCAACAACCUACUGAAUUUCCAUGCUAUGAAAUUGUCAAUAGCAAUGAUGUAAAAAGAUUGCACACUAGAGUGCAGAGAAAGGUUUUAAAUUGUGCAAAUGUCGAAAGGAAAGGAUUGGGAAUAACAAAGAUAGCCCUUUCAGUUAAAAAGGCUUCAGGGGAUUAUGCUCCUAUGACUGAAGGAAAGGAGGCUCAUUGGGAAGUGGUUGAAAGAAUACUGUUUCUUUAUGCAAAGUUGAAUCCUGGCCAAGGGUAUGUGCAAGGAAUGAAUGAAAUUAUAGGCCCCAUUUACCAUGCAUUUGCUUCAGAUCCUGAUAUAAGUUUCAGAGAAUGGGCCGAAGCUGAUAGUUUUUUUUGUUUCACCAAUUUGAUGUCAGAAGUAAGAGACUUUUUUAUAAAAAGCCUGGAUGAAACUGACCAUGGUAUCAAUAAAAUGAUGAGUCGCAUGCUGGUAGAGCUCAAAAAUAGUGAUUUGGAUAUAUGGUUAAAGUUCCAGCAGUUAGAUUUAAAGCCACAAUAUUAUAGUUUUAGGUGGAUAACUCUGUUAUUGUCUCAAGAAUUUCCCUUACCUGAUGUACUGAGAUUAUGGGAUUCAUUAUUUUCUGAUGAACACAGAUUUGACUUUCUGAUUUAUGUGUGUUGUGCAAUGAUCAUAAUUUUAAGAAAUCAAUUAUUGCAUGGAGAUUUUCCGUCCAAUUUAAAAUUGCUUCAGAAUUUCCCACCAAUGGAUGUGCAGAUUAUCCUAUCAAAAGCACUGGAGCUAUCAAAGGUCAGGAUAUUUUGAAAUGAGAUUUUAUUUUGUUAAUAUUACCGUUGUAUAUCUUCUAAUACAUUUUGUAAAAGAUAAUCUGAGUAAACAUAUAAGAAACCAUUAUUAACUUAAUCAUACUGCAGCAAUUAAAUAAAAAAGUUUUUAUUUUCACAAACAGAAAAAAAUUGUGGUUACUAGUUAUAUUAGGCACUCCUCAGGUACCAUGUUUAAUUCAGAAAACUGUAACAAAACUCCACGAUUCUCAAAGUUACUUUCUGUAUGUACUAUGUAUGUAGUUGGUUACUGUAAUCAUUAGUUUUGAAUUAUUUAAAAUUUAAGACAUUAAGUUGGUAAUUUUUAUUGAUUUUUUAAAAUAUUUUCUACUUUCCUGGAACAUAGCACAUUCCAAUAACUAAACUUUGUUCUCACAAGAAUUAUUUUAAAAAAUUAUGGAUAAAAGCA